AUAAAUUGUAUUUAAGAAUAUCUUAUCUUCUGAUAAAUCUUUUAAUUAAAAAAGGGGGAAAUGUUUGCCUGUAUGUACAACAGGAUGAACUUGAGUUAAACGAACGUGUGAGGAAAGUUUUCAUGAUGCAUGGAUGUUUCUUAUCUUGAUGCAUGUAGAGGAAAUCGAAACAACUACGCUUUAAAACAAAGGAAUGCUCCCAGCACCCACCGGGUUUAGAUGAAGUGGCCUCAAUUUUUCUAUGAGCUGCUGUACGGUUUCAUAACAAGAGAGGCCGUGAACACGAUCGAGGAAAUGGUUAUUCGUCUUUUGCUUUGGGAAAUGUCAUGGAACUUUACGUUGUGAUGAUCGAUACGUUUAUAGGAUAUGCAAAAAUAUUGUAACUGACUGGUUCUGCAAUUUCGGCCCCGCAGUGCCAGUAGAGAGGCCUCGAUAUGAAUUGCCAUCAAAUCUUAAGUGGUGCCUGCAAUGCAGGUGACCACUGUUAUGCUGUCGGUAGUGUGGAAGGAGUACCUUUCACGGCAUAUGCAGCUGGUUGUAAUAUUGUCAUUUUGGCGAGCAGCUUUGAGAGAGUGCAAAUCAUUCCUGGAGCAUGGCAUAAUUACAUUCGAAUUAGUUGUUUGGACUGUUCAACAGAUACUGGAAAAAUUGCUGCAGCCUAUGAAAAUCAAGUGUGCAUAUUUGAACCAACCCCGCUGAUACAUACCUCAAGUACACAUCAUCUAGAUUAUCGUUGGGUGCAAACUGGAAGCUUACAAACGGAGUCACAUAUUAGCUCAUUAUCUUGGAAUUUGGAAGGAACACGUUUACUCACAGGUGGUGAAAUUCUUCAGAUGUGGCGACAACACCCAGCCACCCAUGAUGGAGAAUACGAUCCUGAAAGCAGUACGGGAGGUGUCACAUUUGAGAUUGGUGAAGACUCUACAGCUGCAGCAGAGGAUGAUGAAGAACCAGUUUCCAAUAUGUUAGUAACAUCCUGUCGAGACAACAUCUGUCGUGUGUGGGUUGAGACAGUUUUGCCAGAAGAUGGACUUGUGAACAUGAACCAAUUUGAUCCUCGUGCAACACAAAAUCCAAAAUUUCGCACACACAGACAUAAGCAUAGGUUCUUGCAACGUCUUCGGCACAUGAAGACAUGCUUCCACAUCCGUCGACAUGCAAAAAGUCAGCAACCCUCUGGUGCUGGCACAUUAGGGGGAAUAACUGCACCAAUUCCCACUCUGCCUUCCACAUACAGUGUCCACGACUUCCAUAGUUAUGGGUACCAUGGUACAGGGCUCACUCCUGGCCUACACUUUCAUCUGGCUGCUAGCAUCAAUGCAGAGACUGACAUUCCUUUGGUACCUAGUUUGGUAACAGGAGAUCCUGACUUGGAGCCAAACUUUGUUCUUCAUUGGCUGAAUAAUAAAGAGAUGCAUUUCUCACUGCAAGCUGAGUCAAUGCUACACGAGAUGACAAGGAAGCAAGUGGAAAGGGAAGAGGCAAGUGCUGCAGCAUCAGGCACUGAUGGCUCUGGUCGGGAGGUUCAUGAAGGUUCCCAGAAUGAUACUGAUCCAGAGGAACACUCUCCCCGAAAGCGAGUAGGCAGAGUAGCAAAAGCAGCGUCCCAAGAUGAGAGUAGUGAAGAGCAGCAUGGCAGUGCUCAUUCUAGUGGUCACAGUCAUCCAAGCCUCAGUGCUACAACUUCCAUCAACUCGCUGGCAACAGAUGCAGGCCCUGCUGGGGCAGGAGCUGGCCUGGCCGAUCCUCUUGAUGCCGCCAUAGAAUGCCUUCUGAGAGACUGGCAUCAUAACCCUGACCUCCUCUUUGCCAUCCACCCCAUUGAUGGAAGUUUGUUUAGGCAGGCCCAGGUGUCAUUCGCUUCACGAUUACCUUCUACAUUCCCCCUGGGUGAUGCGAUGACCAUGUCAACUAGCAUCUGCCUCUACAAUGCUUAUGGCUGUCAUUUUGGUGAUCGAGAACCAGCUGCUGCAACAUUAGGUACAGCGCGUGGGACAUCACCACCUGCUCCACCGUCGCCUGGUGUGAUGGGCUUGGAAGAUGCACCUUCAGCUACAGCUUUAUUGCCUAGUGUACAGGAAGAGGUUGAAGGAUCAGAUGGACCCCAAUCGUCAGCGCCAGCAGUUACUGCCGUUUCACCUGCCACUGAGGCUGCUCCAGCAGCUGAAAAUGAAUCACAAAAAUCAACAGGAUCAGUAUCUGCUGACCCAUCUCCAACAGUGUCAAUGGUUACAAAGCAUUCAAAUGGUACUCUCAAUCUUUGGCAACUUACAUUUGCUGAUAAGUCGAAGUUUUCACAGGUUCUCACAAUUGGCCAUGCAUGUCGAGCAUCUGGUCAUCGAUUCCGAGUAAAUGACAUCACAUGUCAUCCAGUAUUGCCACUUCUACUUACUACCUCACACCAUAAUAUUUCUGAUGUCCCUGUUGCAAGUCCCUCACGUUCUCCGUUGAGUCCUGCAGGUCGCGGCAAAGAUGUCACAGUUCCCACAGGUUUCUGCAGUGAGUUGAUCUUAUGGCGGGUGGAUGCUGUUGGCCCUCUAUCACGGUCUGGGGGUGUCAGUGAACUUGCCCGCAUAAAUUCACCAGAGAUUUCUGCCUUUUCCAAUGUUGCAUGGAUUCCAACUCUUUUGCCUAGUACAACUUUGGGAAACUUGUCCAACUCUCCAAGUGCAUGUUUUGUGGCGUCAGACGGACAUAGCUUACGUGUAUACCAAGCUGUAAUAGAUGCUCGAACAUUACUGGCUGAAGUCAACAGUUCUGAAAGGAGGAGUCGCAUGCUCGAUUCUCUUGUAAGUUUGUCAACGGAUACUUCUUCAGAAGAUGGAUUGAAGCAUACAUCACUCCAUGACCACAUACGCAUUGUCUCUCAGCAGUCAACUGCACGACCUGGAUGUGUCAUUCAACUUGAUGCCAUAUCAGAUGCAAAUCAUGACUGGCAAAACACCCAAUUCCUCCAUGUUUUCCAAGAGCAACUUAUUACUGGCGAAAGAACAGAGGAGCGUGGCUCCUCCAAUGUAGGUGGAGUGAGCGGAGUGGGAGGUCCUACUGCAGGUGCAGGAGAUGCAAGCAAUACAGUAGGGGCUGCAGACUUGGGCCUUAUGCAUUCUGAACUUGGUGCUAUGGUAGAUUUACAACAGAGUUCAGUCUUUGAAGAGCCUUUUUACAUUGUGGUUCUGGAGAAGACUGGUUCGGAGUCUAUUCUUCACAUGUGGAGACUGGUUAUCGCCUCACAACCAGAUAGCAGUGAAUUGUCAGGAAGUAUGAUGUACGUGCCAGACAGUCAGCUUAUACAAGAUGAAGAGGAGCCAGAAGUGGGUGGGGGGCGGUCAGCUAGCAUGGCAGGUGUGGAGAAUGAUACAACUGGUCCUCAACAGCCAUCACAAGCUUCACAUGUUGUCAUAUCUACCACAAAGGUGUGCACACAAGUUCUACCAUUACCUGAUGGUGUGGAGGUUGUUCAUGCUGCUCCUGCUGCUGGCCAUCUUAGCUCCGCAUCAAUUUACCCAGCCUGUUUCGCACCCUACAUCUUGGUGACUGCCUGCUCGGACUCAACUAUACGGUUUUGGAAAUGCAAAAUUUCUGGAGGUGAGCCACCACGUAGAACGUAUGAAUGGUGUGAAUGGGAAAUGAGCAGAAGAGGGCUUACUUCAGCCAUUGACAUUACAGGUCAACCAUUGAAUAUAUCUGCAGCUUAUAGUGGUCGCAUUGCUUGUGCCUACAAGUAUGGCAAAUCAUUUACUAGACCUUCUAAAAACGAUCCAGAUUCACGUUUUGUAAAUCUUUGUGUGGCGAUUUACGAAUGUGAAAGCACUGGAGGUUCAGAGUGGGUUUUGGAAGAUACAAUUCAUCUAAAGAAUAUUCAUCUACCUCGAAUGCAGCUGCAUCCACAGCUUGAUCUCAGUGUUUUGCAUGAGAGACCCCGACGCUUUGGAGAGGAAAGAAGUACCCGACGUAAUGGUGGAGAUGACAUUCAUGGUUCUCUACACAAAUCAGGAACAAGUUUGACAGCAGUGCCAAGCUUCAGCACACUUCAGUCCCUGCGCCGUUCUAUCAUUGAAUGUGGCAACACCUGCCCAUUGACUCAAAAGCACCUAGUGCAACUGGACUGGGUCAGCAAAGAAGAUGGUUCACACAUUCUCACAGUUGCAGUGGGGAGCAAG